UGUGAGCCGAGCGGCCUCGCCGCCGCCAAGCGCCCCCUCAGCCGCCGCCGCCGCCGCCGCCGCCGCCCGCCAUGUCCCCCGGCCGCCGCCGCCGCCCGAGCCCGGCGCUCCCGCCGCCCGGCGCGCAGUGAGCGCGGGCCCGCCCGGCCGCCCGCCCGGGCCCCUUGUUCUCAGCGCGCCGCCGCCAUGUUGAGUUUAGAGCCGCAGCGGAGCCGCCGCCGCCGCCGCCGGUGAGGGAGGCCCCCGAGAGCGGAGCCCGCCCCGCCCCGGGCCCAGGCAGCGGGCCGCCUCGGAGCCCGGCCUCCGCGCCGCAGCCUCCGGGCCGCCGCCCGCCGUGCGAGGAGGGACCAGCGCCGGGCCGCCGCCGCCGCGCCUUCCGCUCGCGGCCCGAGCGAGCCCGCCGCCGCCCGCCCCCCGCCGCCGGGCCCGCGGAGCCUCCGGGAGCCCGGGAGCCGGCGCCAUGGCGGAGCAGACCUACUCGUGGGCCUAUUCCCUGGUGGAUUCCAGUCAAGUGUCUACAUUUCUGAUUUCAAUUCUCCUGAUAGUCUACGGUAGUUUCAGGUCCCUUAAUAUGGACUUUGAAAAUCAAGAUAAAGAGAAAGACAGUAACAGUUCUUCGGGUUCUUUCAGUGGCAACAGCAGCAAUAAUAGUAUCCAAACUAUUGACUCUACCCAGGCCCUGUUCCUUCCAAUCGGAGCAUCUGUCUCUCUCCUAGUUAUGUUCUUCUUCUUUGACUCAGUUCAAGUAGUCUUUACAAUAUGUACAGCAGUUCUUGCAACGAUAGCUUUUGCUUUUCUUCUUCUCCCGAUGUGCCAGUAUUUAACAAGACCCUGUUCACCUCAGAACAAGAUUUCCUUCGGUUGCUGUGGACGUUUCACUGCUGCUGAGCUCCUGUCCUUCUCCCUGUCUGUCAUGCUGGUCCUCAUCUGGGUUCUCACUGGCCACUGGCUUCUCAUGGACGCCCUGGCCAUGGGCCUCUGUGUCGCCAUGAUCGCCUUCGUCCGCCUGCCCAGCCUCAAGGUCUCCUGCCUGCUGCUCUCAGGGCUCCUAAUCUAUGAUGUCUUUUGGGUGUUUUUCUCCGCCUACAUCUUCAAUAGCAACGUCAUGGUGAAGGUGGCCACCCAGCCGGCUGACAAUCCCCUCGAUGUGCUUUCCCGGAAGCUGCACUUGGGGCCCAAUGUUGGGCGUGACGUUCCUCGCCUGUCUCUGCCUGGAAAACUGGUUUUCCCGAGCUCCACUGGCAGCCACUUCUCUAUGCUGGGCAUCGGAGACAUUGUGAUGCCCGGACUCCUGUUGUGCUUUGUCCUUCGCUAUGACAACUACAAAAAGCAAGCCAACGGUGACUCCUGCGGCGCCUCUGGACCCGCCAACAUCUCUGGACGCAUGCAGAAGGUCUCCUACUUUCACUGCACCCUCAUCGGAUACUUCGUAGGUCUGCUCACUGCUACCGUGGCCUCUCGCAUCCACCGAGCAGCGCAGCCCGCCCUCCUCUAUUUGGUGCCAUUUACCUUGUUGCCACUCCUCACGAUGGCCUACUUAAAGGGCGACCUGCGGCGCAUGUGGUCUGAGCCGUUCCACUCCAAAGCCAGCAGCUCCCGCUUCCUGGAGGUAUGAUGAUCGAGAGGGACCAGUGGCCAUCCUCGUCUUCUGUCCACACGUUUCCUCGUGGAGCUGGCCUGGCAUCGGGGAUGCACCUGCGUAGGAACUGACGGACUGCGUUUUGCGUUUGCGGAGCCUGUUUGCCGGAGGUGCUGGGCCUGCGUGGAUCCUCUUCCCGCGUGGAGGGGAGUCCCUUCCCCGGGGACAGGCCUCCCAGCUCCUUCCUCUCCUGCUCUGGGACCUGCGCAGACUGUUACCGCGGGAGACGGAGGUGUGACUCUAAAACUGACAGCGGCAUGGAGUCGUCCUGUACCUUCUGAACACUAAACGGAUGAAAAACGAGCGAGCAAAGUGACGUUUCUUCAGCGACCCCUCAAGAACUUUGGGGUCAGCUUCCAGUGGGGGACUCCGUUUCAGAGACUGAGGCAGAAGCUCUUCUGUCCUUACCUUCUUUCCUUUUUUGGAUUUAUUAAAUAUUUCCUGUGGUGUGAAAUGACUUACUAAAUCCACAGACAUUGAGUGACUUCCUGCAACAUACACAUACGGAUUGUAAAGCGUUCAUGUCCACCCCGAUGUGUCGGCAGUGAAUGGGGGCACGGUUUUUAUACACACACACGCACAUAGAUACGUAUGAAUAAACAAAACUAAAACCUGCUAAGAUCAUGCUGUGUAGCAGACGGGCUCGCUCUGAUUGUUAGCAUGUAGAGCCGUUCUCUCUGGCUUUCUUGUACCUGGAUAAGCUGCUGUCUUUCCCUCCACGACUGAGCGUGCAGUUAAAACCAGUAUAGUGUUUGUACUGAUAUACUCAUGGGCGGUAGGGGGGCUCCUUUGGUUGUGGUCAGUAUAGCAAAUUAGGGAUGAAAAGAUGAACCUUUUUGGCCCUUUCUGUUUUUGCAGGCUUCUCCCAGGCAGGGUUUAGUCCUUCCUUCCUGAACUGAUGCAUGUAUUAUAGCAGCCAGCGUCUUUGUGCUUCUGAUCAUAGUAAUGGACUACUUGUAAAUACAUUUUUCUAUUUUCUA